AUGGCAUCUUUUCCCGCCUUCCUCAAAUCGCAACUCCUCUACACGCCCAAAGUCCCCGAAUCCACAACCUUCACCGGCAAAACGGUUAUAGUAACCGGCGCAAACACCGGGCUUGGACAAGAAGCAGCUCGCCACUUCGUGCGCUGCGGCGCCUCAACCGUGAUUAUCGCCUGCCGAACACGGUCGAAAGGCGAAGCUGCUCUGCGUGACAUCGAAGCCAGCACUAAGCGAACCGGUGUUCUGCAAGUGUGGGAACUAGAUUUGUCCUCCUACGCUAGCGUGAAAGCUUUUGCGAAGAAGUGCGAGAGCCUACCUUGUAUCGAUAUCGUGCUCGAAAAUGCAGGUAUCGCACAGGGCAAGUUCAAUGUUUUGGAGGGACAUGAGGCGCAUAUUACCGUGAAUGUCAUUUCGACAUUUAUGCUCGCGCUGCUUUUGCUGCCUAUCCUGCGCCGAUCAGCGGAGAUUCACAAGACGAAGCCGUAUCUCACGAUCGUUACGUCUGAGGUGCACCAUUGGACGCAGUUUCCGCAGAAGAACGCUGAGAGCAUCUUCGCAGAGCUAGACGACGAGAAGAAGGCAGAUAUGGCGGAUCGGUAUAAUGUCUCCAAGUUGAUGGAGAUCUUGCUCAUUCGACACAUGACCCAGGUCCUAAUCAAAGACAAGACGAAGUACCCCGUGGUCAUCAACUGCGUUACUCCUGGUCUUUGCAAGUCUGAGUUGGUCAAGGACUUGGGUUUGGCGCCGGUGGUGUUCAAAAAGCUGUUGGGUCGACCGCUGGAAGUUGGCAGUCGGUUGCUGGUGAAUGCGACUGCACUGCCCGACAGCCAAGGCGAAUAUAUCAUUGACGACCAUGUCUCCGAGCCGUCACCACUGGCGAGGAGUGCUGAGGGUGCCGAGCUUGGUAAGAGGAUCUGGAAGGAGUUGAGCGAGAUUCUGGAAAAAGCCAGUCCUGGUAUUACCAAGAACUUGUAG